UGCCCGCUGGUCGGUCUCAACUGCCGCUGUAGGAAUAGUAAAAUAGCCGUCUCAAGCAAACAAAGUGACAAAUCCGGACUUGACGGGGGCUUAUAAACCCAAAGUGACACACAGAGAAACGCAGGAGGAAUUUUAUUUCUUAAAAAAAAUAUAUUCUGCUCUCUUUUUUUGGUCACCCAAGGACGGCAGCUACAGCAGGAGGAGGAGUUAGCGGCGUGUUUCCGCUAAGAGCAGGCCGAGACGGUAAUCUAUGCAGCCGCACUGAGAAUUACAAAACAGCGGCAGACCAGUUGGCAGCUACUGCGCGAAAUAGUUUGACUGAAAUUUGUUUAAUCUUCGGGGACUUUUGGUUGUUCGUAUCGGGAGGCUAAACAACGAGAGAGUGAGUGGCAGCUGGACUGUCAGCGAUGGAAGCUGAAUUUCGGGAAAUCGAUGAAAACGGCAGCUGGAACGCCAUUUAUCAGGAGAUUCGGCAGCAGUCGAGUGAAUUCCCUUGUAAGGUUGCCAAAUCACCUGAAAACAAGACUCGGAAUCGAUACAGAGACGUUAGCCCGUUCGAUCACAGCAGAAUACGUCUGCAGUUAGGUACAAAUGACUACAUUAAUGCCAGCCUAAUAACAGUAGAAGAGGCACGGAGGAACUAUAUCCUUACUCAGGGACCCCUACCAAGUACAUGUGGCCAUUUCUGGGAAAUGGUGUGGGAGCAGAGGACCCGUGGUGUAGUGAUGCUGAACCGGGUCAUAGAGAAAGGCUCUAUUAAGUGUGCCCAGUACUGGCCAGAGAGAGAGGAGAGAGAUGCCAUCUUCGAAGACACCAAUUUCAAGCUCACCCUCGUCUCUGAAGACAUCAAAUCUUAUUACACCGUCCGUCAGCUGGAGUUGGAAAAUCUAUGUACUCAAGAGACUCGUGAGAUUCUGCAUUUUCACUACACGACCUGGCCCGACUUUGGGGUGCCGGAGUCUCCUGCAUCUUUCCUCAACUUCCUGUUCAAGGUGCGAGAGUCGGGCUGUCUGAAUUCAGACCAGGGACCAGUGGUGGUGCACUGCAGUGCUGGAAUUGGGCGCUCUGGGACCUUUUGCCUCGUGGAUACCUGCCUCUUGUUGAUGUCCCUACGUAAAGACCCGUCUUCAGUUCGUAUUCGCGAUGUGCUGCUGGAGAUGCGACGCUAUCGAACGGGCUUGAUUCAGACUGCAGAUCAGCUUCGGUUCUCCUACCUGGCUAUAAUUGAAGGUGCCAAGUACAUCAAGGGAGAUACUUCUGUGCAGGAGUCAUGGAGAGCGCAGUCCAACGAGGAAGAUGAUCCUCCCGAGUUCACCCCUCCUCCUCCUCUUCCUCCUCCCAGAGACCCUCAGAAUGGCAAAGCAGAGCCGUCCUUUUUCCCUGAAGAGAUCAUCCGAACAACAGAGACCCACAGUCUGGGCUCCUCAGAAAAAGUUCGAAAAAGGAUGCCAGCUGCUGACUCUCAGCCUGCUGCUGACCUCCAGCACGCUCGUGACGGUGUUGCUCAGUCCGACGGCCAUUUGGAGAUCCACGAUGAUACCUCCUUUCCGAACAAAUCUGAGCAGCAGCCAAAGGAAAACUCUCCCGUGCCGGGGACUUGGUCCCCACUACUAACCAAAGUGUGCCUGUGCACAGCGCUGGCUCUCAGUGCUUUUGCCUGCUAUCGAGCCUAUUUCCACUGAUGUCCUUCUUCCUCGUCUCUCCACUGACGUUGCAAAGUGGACAAGGCUGGCCAAUCAGCCCGCUUUGACUCUGCUAGGGGGUGGAUUGUUUGGUCUUCAGCAGAUUCACUUCCACUGGUUUUAAUUUUAUAAAUGCCGUGCGAGUGGUUGGCUGGCUGCCGACCUUAUGACCGACCCAAACUUUCUUUCUGUGUGUCAUCUUGGAUGCUCAGGGCCUCAGUUUUUCAGGUGUCACAUCCCAAAUAAUGUGUGCUGGCUUAAACGCAGACUCAGAGGGCUCUGCUGGUCUGUGAAUCAGGAUGAAUGGCCUAUCAACCCUUUUUUUUUUUUUCAUGAGUCUCUUCUCUUAUUUACCAAACGACACGUGAAUGUGUUCUUCCAUGUUGUUAGUAAAUCAUGAGCCCGUUAGGAUUUUGCUUUUCUUUUCUUUCUUUUUUUGGUUAAACAAACAGAUCAGAAAUCGUAGAACCAGAUUUAUGACCAGCCUGUCUGAAAAUAUGCCAGUGUGGGAGAAACCUUAUUUGUUUUGUUUGUUUGUUCCUUUGCUGUUGGUCAACAUGGAUCCCAAGAGUAAAAUGAAAUCCAGAGCAUGUUGGGGUAGGCCUUGAAUUGUUAUGUGACUCCACUAAUAGCCUGCAGGUUGAGUACAUACAAUAUAUGUGUGUUUGUGUGUAUAUGUACAUUUGUGUGAGUGGUAGUUUUUAAAUUCUACCCGUGAAAAAUAUUAAUAUAACAUUUACAGGACAUCAAAUGUGAGAUGUAGACCGGGUUCUCUCCUGGUAUGUGAUUCUUUCUUUUUUUUCUCUCCCUGGUAGCCCAAAAGUGACACGGGAGGAGGGGAAAAAACAACAACAACAACAAAAACAAGGUAGAGUGACGUGUGUCACUCUGUAUUUGUAAAGUUUAAGUGAUUUCAACAGCUUGAGAACUUUUAUAAGGUUAUAAACAUUGGGCUUUAGUUCUAGUAUCGCUCACAGUGGAUAAAAUGCGUAACAUAACCGAAACAGAGUUGAUUCACAUUGUAAAAUAAGUGAAUGUGUUCAGUUGGUGGAGUGCCAGCUUAAAGACCGGAGAUGAAAAGUAGCCAACGUCCAUCUCUUUUCUCCAGCAAUACAAAUACUCAGCAAUGUGUCGCCCUUUACUAACUCUCGAGUUUGAACGGGGAACCAGGGACUUUGAACAAACCAAAAAUCAAACACCAGCACAGGGAUGAAAAUAAUACACUGUAGUGAUGAUCCAUUGUAUCUUGUCAUGGCCCUGAGCUGGCGAUAUUGUUUUAUAUGAUUAUUAUUUCUUUUAGCAUGCUGCAUUUGUGAAUCAAAAGGUUUAUCCUAAGAAGAGAUUAGUUAAGCUGCUAGCGUUCGUUUACCUUUGGGACUCGACAGCUGUACCUUUCUUUAGAAUGUAUAAUUCUGUAUUAGAUACAGCAUACAACAGAAGUGAGUACACCCCUGCGCAAUAUCACUUUUUUAAUGUUAAAUUUGUUAUUAUUACUUUACUAUUAGUUUGUAGAGUUGUUGCGUUAUAAAAUAAACAAAAGAUGCUUCACAGUAGAAACUCUGUGCAAAAGAAGUAAGCACACCUUUGACACAUACCCGACACAGUCGCAUCCGAAUGCUUGGUUUUUGGGCUCCGGUGCGGCGCUCGUGUGUAUGUGGGGGAAAGGACAUUAGCUGUGUUGUGAUUUCUGCUACAUUUCUGUGUGAAAUGAUCACUCGGAGAGAAAUCAACAGGUGGUCUGUUCUCUUAUGUCGCUGCUCGUGAAGUGAAAGUUAGGCCGAGUUUAGAAAGGGUAAGGUGAACUGAAACUUGAUGAUCGUGACGAGCAAGGAGGAUUCCAGCGGAUGUUUAUCAGAUUGAACAUUAAACGACCUUUAACCUGCCAGUUCUCUAUUUGCUGCUCAGUCACAUUUUAAUUGGUUACCGCUGAUGAUCACAGGUGUAUUCCCUUUUGUUGCACUGAGUUUUUAAUUUGCAGUGCUUUAACUAUAGCUGGUUUUGUCUCUUUCACAUGAGCUGACAUUUAGGUGAUAUUAAAGAGUGGUGUACUCAUUUCUUUUUAUACUGUACAUAUAUUUUAAAUCAGGUUUCAGUGUGCUGAGUUGGGUUUUGGGUUUUUUUUUUCUGCUUUAGCGAGGGAUUAAAUCUCAGCACCUGUGCAGCCGUUGCACCAGGUUUUCCCGUUUUUUCUAUUCUUAUGCUGAGCUCAAAAACAUGUAUUUUUUUAUUUACAUUUGUUAUUUUCCUUUUUAAAUAAAAGAGAAAAAAAGCACAGUUGCUGUUGAUUUGUCCUGAUUCACACCUAAUCUUGUUUUCAGUCCUGAAAUGUCUCAUUGUAUUUAUAUUUUGGACAAAUAAUCGCUGUGAGCUGAGAACUAUGAGUCCUCUGAGGUUUCCUGCUUGUUGGAUUGCUAUUGGGGAUAGGGAUGAUUUCAGAAUCACUGGAAAAAAUGAAAAUAUGCACUCACCGACCACUUCGCUAGCUGUACCUGUUCAACUGCUCGUUAACAGCAACUCAACGCAUUUAGGCAAAUGGGUAUGGUCAAGGCCACCUGCUGAAGUUCAAACUGAGCAUGAAAGUGGAGAAGAGAGCUGAUCUUUUGGGUUUACAGAGAAUGUUCUGAAAACGAGAAACUGCCCAGUGAGUGUCAGCUCUGAGUGAAAAUGAAGGCAAAACUUUGCAUGGAUUCAUUAGAUAAAUUACAGCUAUUGCAGAAUUAAGGGGUUAGUUGGGAGGGACUCGCUAAUUUUUCAUACAAUGACCCUACUGAUAAAGUUCUGCAUAACAGAGAAGCGACUAAGAAAAAUUUCAUAGCUUUAUUAACUCUUAAAAAGCCCGUCAUGUUUUUCAGGCGUAAUUUAAUCCUCCAGAAACCAAACCAUUUUACUGACUUAAAGUGGGGGUAUUCUGUGGUUAUAUUUUACUUCUUUUACUGGUUCUGUUUGUUUCUUAUACGGUUCCAUUUAUCUAUGACAGAAAUUCAAAAAUAUUCAGACAAUAAAGUAACAAACUGUGCAGUUUUGCUGUAAAAAUAAAACUAUUACAUUUUUGCUCCUCAGUAGUUGUUAUGCAAACUUUAUGCAAAUUUAUUUUGAGCAGCCACGUAUCCUGCAGUCAUAAAAUUUAGUGGAAGGAAGAAUCAGAUAACAGACAAUGCAUAAAAUGGGGCAGUUUUGCUUUUACAGUUAUGAUACACCCCCUGAUGUUUCUACUUAAAUAUGCUUGUAGAAAAAUGGUUCUGGCUGUAGAGCGUGACACUUGGAGGGAGUGUACAAUUGAUUUGGUUCUGGUUUUAAGAGCUUAAAUAUGUUUUUCAUGUGGAUAUCUCCUGUACUU